UCCAGAGGUCGACGACAAGCAUAUUGAGGCCGUUAUUGCCAAAUACGGGUCGACUCAACAAAUGGUUCGUGAGCGUUACCCGGCAGAGUCGGGUUUUCCCAUCUGGAGCGGUGUCCGAGGAUUGAACAUGGAGCUGAUUGAUGAUAUCCCUGCUCAAGUGUACGUGCAAAGUAUCAAGGCAAGAGUGUUUUACGAUGGAAUUCAACAUCGGUGUUUCGUGUGUGGCUCAACGGAGCAUCUGAAAGCGGAGUGUCCGAAGCGGAAAUCGGUGAACACGCGGCUGGGGUCGUACGCGCAUCCGCCGGUCAACCGUACCGGUAUGAUCAACGGCAGUUCAACAGGAAGUAUGGUGUUACCUGUCCCACGAGGUUCAGAGAAGGUGAGCUCGGUAGAGGAUGUGCUUCAUCGUCCACGGUGGCAUCUGCAGAGCCUAUCAGUCAUGCUGCAGUGGUUGUGCAAGAUAAUCAGGAGUCAAUCAGUGAACUGGAGGGUAAGGACGUAGAAGGCGAGAAGACAGACGAGGUAGGUAAAUCUACUGCGAAGGCAGAUGAGUGGCAGAUCGUGAAAAGAUUGAGAAGUAAGGAAUCAGACAGCGGUAUCGUGGCGAAAGCAGUCAAAAUUGAUGAUGGGAACGGGCCUAGCUUGAUGAAACUCCAAAGUCGGCGAUCUCGUUCGUUGACGCCCCGACAGAAGAAAGGUAGCAGAACCGCGAAGGAUGAAGAAAUUAAGCUAGGGGAUGAACAGUUUCCACCUCUGAACAAGCCGUAGAGAACCAGAUGUCUAAGAUGCAGUUCUCCUACAAGGUUGCAACGAUUAAUUUGAAUAGCUCAAACAGUGUUAUUAAUCAGGGAUUAUUGAGAGAUUUUGUAUAUGAUCAUGACGUUGAUGUUCUACUGUUGCAGGAAGUUGUUUACGAGAUUUUUUUGUUUUUACCUAAUCAUUUUGCUUUUGUCAACAUAAGUGCUGAUAAUAAGGGUACAGCAAUCGUUGUACGGAAAACUAUGGAUAUUUCUAGCGUGCUUCUUGAGCCGAAUUGCAGAAUAGUUUCGUUGAUCGUUAACGGUGUUAAUUUUGUGAAUGUAUAUGGGCAUUCUGGAUCUAAUUAUCGGAGAGAACGCAAUGAUUUAUACACAAACGUGAUAGCAGUUCAUUUGAGUAAGCAAGAAGCCGCAGUCUCAGUGAUUGGAGGCGAUUUUAAUUGCACCUUGGAGGAUUCGGAUUCAAGAGGACCAUCAAAAAACUCUUGUGCGGGGUUGAAAAAUUUAGUCGAGUUGUUCAAAUUCAAAGAUGUUGCAAAAGUUAUGGCCAAGUCUGAUUUUACCUUCUUUCGAGGAGAAUCAGCCGCCCUAUUGGAUAGGUUUUACGCUCCGGCUCAAUUUGUUGAAAAUGUUGUUGACUGUUGGACUAUUCCACUUUCUUUCUCUGAUCAUUCUGCCGUGGUGAUGAAGAAUAGAACUUCAAAGGACAACGUAGUGAAAAGAGGUAGAGGUUACUGGAAGAUAAACCCCAGUGUCUUGGACAUGGAUGAUGUUACAGAAAGAUUUGAAAGGGAGUAUAGCACACUGAAGUCGCGAGCAAUCUACACAAGUGAUCUAAAUGCGUGGUGGAACUUUGUUUUCAAGCCAAAAGCCAAACAAUUUUACAAAUCAGAAGCGUGGAGGAUCAACAACAAUAUUAGAAAUGCAAAAAGUGAACAAAUGCGGAAACUUAUCGAACUUAACGAGCGGAGGGUUAGAGGAGAGGACGUUUCAAUUCUUAUUAAACUGGCACAAUCAAGACUGAUGGAGAUAGAGUAUGACAGGAUCAAAAAUUAUUCGAAGAAGUUGCCGGAAUCGAGUCUUUCCGAGGGAGAAAAAGUAGGUGUUUUUCAGGUAUCAAAGCAGAUACAUAGUGGUGUGCGCAAUCAGCAGCUAAAGUUAAUGAAUGAACAGGGAACCCUAUUAGAUAGUGCGAGCGUAGGUGAAAGAAUACACGAAUACUAUCAGGCUAUGUUUCAACAGAGCGCGGAAGGUGACAACAUUGAUGGUAAUGAAAAUCCUUUAGAUUACAUUACACAUUCAGUAGGUGAUGAUGAAUCAAUUGCUUUUUCUGAACUUAUAACAGUAGCUGAAGUCGAAGAAACAUUAAAAUCGUCGGCCCUUCAGUAUUUCGGCAAGUAUGCGGGUGCUCCGUGGGAUGUUCCUGUUGAAACCGAGUGUUCGCGUACGAAUAUAGUGGCUCCACCUAGCCGUCAACAUCGAGCAUCGUCCGAGUGGGUUAUCCCUUGUUCAUCGACAACAACGAGUACUCGUCUAACGAGCUGUCGUUUCACCGAGCUGACAAGGUGA